AUAUAAAUAAUCGGCAUAAGUUGAUUUUUUUUCAGAUUUCAGUCCCUUCUAUCCUAGCAAUUGAAACCUUUUUUCAACACAUACAUCUUUUUUUUUUGGAUAAUCGUAGUGUUUGGGCCAAUUUGCGCACGCCUCGACUAAUUCCACGAGAUACCUGACACAUACAUCUAUUUGUUUACCUGUUGCAUUGCCAAAAUGAUCAACUAAAAAGAUUAAGAGAGUAGGUUCAACAAAACUAAUGUCUUAACUUUUUUUUUUUAAAAAUUAUUUUGUAUUUUGCAACUAAACACUUCACCAAAACCAUUUCAUCAGCUCCACUUAAUGGGAAAUAAACCAAACUAUUUAUACCCAAUUUGCCUAAACUCUUUUCUCAUCAACAAAGCAUCUGCUUAGUUAUUAAUUUGCUUAUUUUCUUCAAUCAUCGUAGCAACAAGCAAAAAAUGGUCAAAUUUUCCCAACUCUGCUCUAAAACAUUCAAAGCCACCUUUUGCAUUUUGCUACUAGUCCUCUCAUUUGGGUAUGCUAGUUCAGCAAGAAUCCUUAACGAAGUGAGUCCAGAUGAACCCGUGGCUCCUGUGGUGGCCCCGGUAUCCACAUUGCCAAGUGGCCACUUCCCGGCCACAGGAGCCACUCCUGAUUCGGACGUGGCACCUAUAGAUGAUGAUUCUUCUGGUCCUACAACCACUGUGACUCCUUCGGCUGAUACUCCAGCCGAACUUGAGCCUGCCCCUGUUGUUCCAGUGGCUCCUUCAGCUGAUUUGCCAGCCGAACCUGAGCCUGAUGCAACCCCUGCUGCUCCAGUGUCUAUUGACACUGAAGCAGCAACACCUGCUGCCAAUGUGGCACCAGGAGCUACUGCGCCAGGUGCCACAGUGGCAACAAACACUGGAGCAACAACACCUGUUACCAAUGUGGCACCAGGAGUUGCUCCUAGUGGCACAUUUGCAAACCCUAUUCAAGACCACUCCAAAUUCUCAUUCUUCAUGCACGACAUCCUAGGUGGCACACACCCUUCCGGUAGAGUAGUCACCGGCAUUGUAGCCACCACUGACGUCAACAACUUACCUUUCACCAAGGCCAACAACCGCGUCUUCCCUAUAGACGGUGGUGUCCCCCUCAACAACAUCAACAACAUCGUCAACAACAACAACUACCCUUUCCUAGCAGGCCUAAAUGGACAACAACAAACCAACACCAUCCUCCAAAACACAGGCAACAACAACAUUGUCAGCAACCAGGACAACCAACCUUUCGUCACAGCAGGACAACUUCCUAAUGGCCUUACCCUUCAACAACUCAUGUUCGGUUCCAUUACUGUCGUGGACAAUGAAAUAACACAAGGACAUGAACUAGGUUCAUCAAUUCUUGGUAGAGCACAAGGAUUUUACCUGACAAGCUCGUCCGAUGGGACGAGCCAUACAUUAGCUUUAACAACUUUGUUUCAUGGAGCACAUGAACAUGAGGUUGAUGACACAAUAAGUUUCUUUGGAAUUCAUAGAACCGCGACGCCAAUAUCACACAUUGCCAUCAUUGGAGGUACUGGAAAAUAUGAAAAUGCUAAGGGGUACGCUACAAUUGAAACUAUGCCUCAUGUUGAUCAACAUACAACUGAUGGUGUUGAAACAAUUACACACUUCACUGUAUACAUUACCCCUUAAAAAACUGUCUUUCCUAUAAAAGGGACUUAAUUUUUCACCAAGUUUGGUUUUAUAUUUUUGUGAUUCUUCAUAUUAUGACUUCAGUUGAUGUACUUUUUCUUGUAAUGGCAUAG